GCCGCUUCCCUAGGUAUGCCAUUGACAGGAGGCUUUUCAGCAGGUCUUAGUGUUCAGGUUCCAGGUCCUAGUGAUCAGGUUCCUGUACAAUCAAUGUAUUCCCAACCUCCGUUGCAGGUUGCUGCAACCGGGCAGCCUGCUGUCUCGCAGCCUGCACAGCCCCAGCAACAGCUAGUGCAGCAGCCUGGUCCCCAAGGUCCACAGCCUGGAGUGGGACAGGUACCGGGACAAAGCCACUGGGUUCCGAAGACGGCCAUCGCCUCCCCCAAACCCUUUACAGGGGACAAGAGGGGCGAAGACCUCGACACAUGCUUGAGGUCAAUGCCAGUCUAUGUCAAAUGUAAAUUGACCUUGCCGCACGAGGAAGUGCUUGUGGCCGCCUCCUAUUUAGAGGGGAGUGCAGCCAGAUGGUCGAGUGGUUUAGUGCAGCUACAGGGAUACGGUCAUGACUUCCGCGCUUGGGCAGUCAACCAGAAACUGGAGGACUUCCUUAAGCUGGUGGAAGAAAGGUGGCAUGAUCCUCAGGAGGCUCAAAAGGCCACUGCCGCGAUCCUGACUUUGAACAACAGGCAGUUCAAGUCAGUAAGGGAAGCCACAGACGCAGUAGAGUGUCUGAUCUGUGUUCCUGGAGUACGCUAUGACCCCCAAGUCUUACUCACUGCAUACCUGAGAUGUUUUCCUUUGCCUCUUAGGAAUCAGUUGGCAGGUGAGGCCAACAUCAAUAUGCACAGCUUUCCCUCAUUCAACAAGAAGGCCCUAGACCUAGAGGCAAAGAUAGGGCAUGGACAUACACCCACGACGGACGGAAGGAAGAAGGCACUACCUCCCAACUCGAAGGCGAAGAGCCGCAUAAUGUUCAUCGACAACGAUGGUUCUACCAUCGAGUUAGAAGACGACUUCCAGGCGGGAGCGGGUUCAGAGGCGGGCAGCGUAGAAGUUUCAGGGGGUGGAACAGUCGCUGCCUUUGUCCAAAAAGCUGCCGAACAAGGAACGCAGCUGCAGAUGACAUCUGGAAACCAUCCGGAGGCAAAUGGACAGGCAGAACAGAUGAACGGCGCUGUUCAACACUUGCUGAGGCACUACAUUAAGCCUAAUCAAGUGGACUGGGAUGAGAAGCUCGCUCUCAUCGCCAGCCUGUACAACAACGCAGUUCACAGUGCCACGGGAGUAAGUCCUAACAGCCUACUACUAGCGUUCACACCUAGACUCCCUCUUGACUUUCUGCUACCUGAGAACCAGCCCACUGCUGCUCCAGGCACUUUGGAAUUUGCCUAUAGAUAUAAUCAUAUGCAGCUGGCGGUAGAACACAUGCACAAAGCACAGACGGCGAUGAUCGAAUCUGAGAACAAGCACCGCCGCCCAUCUAUGUUCCAGGUAGGGGACAGGGUCUGGGUCAAGGCUUCUGAACAGGGACAGGAGCACGGGAUCUCACGUAAGCUCAUGCCACAGUACUUUGGGCCAUGGGAGGUUCUCGAUGUAGUUGGGAAUGAACCAGACGGACCCUCACAUGUCAUUCGGAUCCCUGGACACCUUCGUACCUACCCUGUUUUUCACGCCUCUAAGCUUGCACCAUCCGAAGAAACUGAUCAGUUUCCCACUGGUCGCUUAAUGCUGGCCCCAACCAUGGACGGAGAGGUCGACAUCGACGACAUCGUGGACCACAGGGAAAUGCUGGUUCCAAGACUGACAGGCAGGGGACGUCCUCCGAAGCCGAUGCUGCAGUAUGAGAAGUUGCUGCAGAAACGAAAGUGCCAGAUUCAAUGAACUUCUCAGAGAACUAGCGAAGUAUGGAGGAGGGAAUGCGAGGUGCAAGGCCUC